AUGAAGUAUCCUCCCGCUCCUCAGAGUAAAUCUCUGUUAGAUAUGGAUGUAGCCAACUAUUGUGAAGGCCUGGAUCCCUCAUACAGCACACUGGGCUUUGAGAAUGCAGAGGUGCUCUAUGGAGGAGGAGACAGCAUGCCGACAGAGCCGAGCCUGCCCGGUCCAGACGGGGUGAGUAGUAACUGCGCCAUCUGUGGAGACAAAGCCACAGGGAAACACUACGGAGCCUUCAGCUGUGACGGCUGUAAAGGCUUCUUCAGACGCUCCAUACGCAAGAGCCAUGUCUACACCUGCAGAUUCAGCAGGCAGUGCGUAGUGGACAAAGAUAAGAGGAACCAGUGUCGUUUCUGCAGACUCAACAAAUGCUUCAGAGUUGGCAUGAAAAAAGAAGCUGUACAGAACGAGAGAGAUCGGAUCAGCUCCCGAAGAAAUAUCGCUGACGCACAAGACUUGCCACCCAUCACUAUUCUGGCCCAAGCAGAAUCACUUUCCCAACAGAUCACUACUCCGGUUGGAGUUGCAGACAUAUCAGAGCAGAAGUCAGCCACCAUUGGGGAUAUUUGUGACUCCAUGAGACAGCAGUUAUUGGUGUUGGUGGAAUGGGCCAAAUAUAUUCCUGCCUUUGGAGAGCUGCCGCUGGACGACCAGGUGAGCUUGCUCAGGGCUCACGCAGGUGAACACCUCUUGCUCGGAGUCGCCAAAAGGUCAAUGCCAUUCAAGGACUUCCUGCUCUUAGGUAAUGGCUGUGUGAUCCACAGGAACAGUCCGGAACCAGAGAUCUGUCGGGUAGCCAACCGAGUGCUGGACGAGCUAGUUCAGCCCUUCCAGGAUAUUCAAAUAGAUGAAAACGAGUAUGCAGCGCUCAAGGCCAUUGUCUUCUUUGACCCAGAUGCAAAGUCUUUACGGGAUCCAUCAAAGAUCAAGGCCAUGCGUCUGCAGGUCCAGAUGAGUCUGGAGGACUACAUCAAUGACCGUCAGUAUGACUCCAGGGGUCGUUUUGGAGAGCUGUUACUCCUGCUGCCCACCCUGCAGAGCAUCACCUGGCAGAUGAUCGAACAGCUCCAGUUCAUUAAGCUGUGCGGCCUGGCCAAGAUAGACAACCUGCUGCAAGAGAUGCUGCUGGGAGGUCUUACUUCAGAGCCCACACACCUGCACCACCCAGCGCACACCCAGCUGGCCCAGGACCCUCUGACUGGACACACACUGGUCAUCAGCAGCAUGCCCGUCACUCACACCCCGCUGAUAGCCUCUCCAGACACUCCCAUCCCGUCGCCCCCUCAGGGUCCAACCCCAGAGAAGUACAAACUCUUUCCCCAGCCUCUUUGUCCUCCGGCCAGCCCCUCGGCGUCCACACAGACAGAUCCCUGA